UAAGGAGCAGCGUAGCGUCGGACUUGUACCGAGGAGGUCUUCGUGUGAUCUUGUCCCACACAAACAACUCACUGGAUAUUAUUUCACUCGUUGUUUUUACAAACAUUUAUUCACGCUGGAUGUAAUGAGCUGCCGUGGAAGUCUGCGGUGACGUUUUAUUUCUUUCUCCCGGAGGAAAGUGGUGCGGUGCCAGCAGGGCAGCGAGUUGCCGCCGCUACUUCACAGGAUCUUCUUGGGACAGCAAUAAACACCACCACGGAAAGAUGGACGUGAAGCUGAUCUUGAUAUCUGCGUUGUUCGGCGUCCUCUGCAGUGCCCAGAAAGAGGGGAAUGAGUGCAUCAGUGCGAAUGCCAAAUACUGCGGGGAUUGCAUCCAGGCUGGAGCGAAAUGUGGCUGGUGCACGGACCCGGAGUUCCUGAAACAAGGCGAGACCGUGUCGACCCGAUGUGACGAGCUGCAGUCGCUGAAGAACCGCGGUUGUAAAGAGCAGAUGAUUGAGAACCCUCACGGGGAGAAGAGGGUCCUCAGGAACAAGCCGGUGACCAAUCGAAGAAAGGCCUCAGAGAAGCUGAAGCCGGAGGACAUCACCCAGAUCCAGCCCCAGAAGCUCAGUCUCACCCUCAGAUCCGGUGAGGCCCAGUCUUUCAACCUGAAGUUCAAGCGGGCAGAAGAUUAUCCCAUCGACCUGUACUACUUGAUGGACUUGUCCUACUCCAUGAAAGAUGAUCUGGAGAACGUGAAGAACCUGGGAACCCAUUUGAUGCUGGAAAUGUCAAAGAUCACGUCCGACUUCAGGAUAGGCUUCGGUUCCUUUGUGGAGAAGACGGUGAUGCCGUACAUCAGCACCACCCCUGCCAAGCUGCUCAACCCCUGCACCGGGGACCAGAACUGCACCAGUCCCUUCAGCUACAAGAACGUCCUGAAGCUGACCAGCGACGGCAAGAAGUUCAACACCCUGGUGGGUCAGCAGCACAUCUCUGGGAACCUGGACUCCCCUGAGGGGGGCUUCGAUGCCAUCAUGCAAGUGGCCGUGUGUGGGGACCAGAUCGGUUGGAGGAAUGUGACCCGCCUGCUGGUCUUCUCCACCGACGCCGGCUUCCACUUCGCAGGAGACGGCAAGCUGGGUGGCAUCGUGCUGCCCAACGACGGCAAAUGUCACCUGGAGAACAACGCUUACACCAUGAGCCACUACUACGACUAUCCCUCCAUCGCCCACUUGGUCCAGAAGCUGAGCGACAACAACAUUCAAACCAUCUUUGCCGUCACGGAGGAGUUUCAGCCUGUUUACCAAGAGCUGAAGAAUUUGAUCCCAAAGUCUGCAGUGGGCACCCUGUCUGCCAACUCCAGCAAUGUCAUCAACCUCAUUAUAGACGCUUAUAAUUCGCUGUCAUCCGAGGUCAUUCUGGAGAACAGCAAGCUUCCAGAGGGAGUAACCAUCGCCUACACCUCCCGCUGUAAAAACGGGCUGGUUAGCGAGGGGGAAAAUGGCCGGAAGUGCUCCAACAUCUCCAUCGGCGAUGAGGUGACGUUCACCAUCAGCGUGACAUCUCAGGGCUGUCCCAAGCAAGGCCAGCCUGAGACCAUCAAGAUCAAACCCCUGGGCUUCACGGAGGAAGUGGAGAUCUCGCUGCAGUUCAUCUGCGAGUGUGAAUGCCACAAGGACGGCGUCCCCAACAGCGACCAGUGCUACUUCGGGAACGGCACCUACGAGUGCGGCGCCUGCAAGUGCAACGAGGGCCGCGUGGGCCGCCGGUGCGAGUGCAGCAGCAACGACGUGGCCAACGAGGACAUGGACCGCACCUGCCGCCGGGACAACGGCACCGACAUCUGCAGCAACAACGGCGACUGCGUGUGCGGCACCUGCGAGUGCAAGAAGAGAGACAACCGCGAGGAGCGCUACAGCGGGCCGUACUGCGAGUGCGACAACUUCAACUGCGACCGCUCGGGCAACAAACUGUGCGGAGGGCACGGCCGUUGUGAGUGCAGGGUGUGUGUCUGCGACAACAUGUGGACCGGCAGCGCCUGCGACUGUUCUCUGGACACCAGCACGUGUCUCGCCGGCAACAAGCAGAUCUGUAACGGCAGAGGGACUUGCACCUGCGGCAUCUGCAAGUGCACUGACCCCAAGUUCCAGGGACCCACCUGUGAAACCUGCCCCACCUGUCCAGGAGUGUGCACCGAACACAAAGAGUGCGUCCAAUGUCGGGCUUUUGGGACGGGGGAGAAGAAGGAGACGUGCGAGAGGGACUGCAGCUACUUCAACUUGAUCAAAGUGAAGGACCGGGACAAGCUGCCUCAGCCCAACGACGCCUCCUACCCCGUCAUGCACUGCAAGGAGAGGGACGCCAACGACUGCUGGUUCUACUACACCUACGCCAUCAACAACAACACGGAGAAGGAAGUCCACGUGGUGGAAACUCUGGACUGUCCUGCUGGGCCCGACAUCAUCCCCAUAGUGGCGGGCGUGGUCGCCGGCAUCGUCCUGAUUGGUCUAGCCCUGCUGCUCAUCUGGAAGCUGCUGACCAUCAUCCACGAUCGCAGAGAGUUUGCUAAAUUUGAGAAGGAGAAGAUGAACGCCAAAUGGGAUACGGGUGAGAAUCCCAUCUACAAAAGUGCCGUCACCACCGUGGUCAACCCCAAGUAUGAAGGCAAAUGCUGAGGAGACGGUUGUCACGACAACGCUCCAUUUGACCAGCGCCGCCUCCACUAACACGCGUAUUUAUGUGCUUCUCUCUUAUUGUGGAUGUACAGUACAUGUAUAUACUUUGAACAGUCACAUGUGUGCAAGAAAAGAAGCCCCUUUGUCACCACGCUAUCACCAACAUACACGGGAAUAUUCAGCUUGGUAAAGGUUUGUCGUGUGCACUUCUACGGUGUGUUGGACCUGAGGAGUGGUCUAUGUAGGGUGGUCUAUGUAGAGUGGUCUAUGUAGGGUGGUCUAUGUAGGGUGGUCUAUGUAGAGUGGUCUAUGUAGAGUGGUCUAUGUAGAGUGGUCUAUGUAGAGUGGUCUAUGUAGGGUGGUCUAUGUAAAGUGGGCUAUGUAUUGUGGUCUAUGUAGAGUGGUCUAUGUAGAGUGGUCUAUGUAGGGUGGUCUAUGUAGAGUGGUCUAUGUAGAGUGGUCUAUGUAGAGUGGUCUAUGUAGGGUGGUCUAUGUAGGGUGGUCUAUGUAGAGUGGUCUAUGUAGAGUGGUCUAUGUAGAGUGGUCUAUGUAGGGUGGUCUAUGUAGAGUGGUCUAUGUAGAGUGGUCUAUGUAGAGUGGUCUAUGUAGAGUGGUCUAUGUAGGGUGGUCUAUGUAGGGUGGUCUAUGUAGAGUGGUCUAUGUAGAGUGGUCUAUGUAGAGUGGUCUAUGUAGGGUGGUCUAUGUAGGGUGGUCUAUGUAGAGUGGUCUAUGUAGAGUGGUCUAUGUAGAGUGGUCUAUGUAGAGUGGUCUAUGUAGGGUGGUCUAUGUAGAGUGGUCUAUGUAGAGUGGUCUAUGUAGAGUGGUCUAUGUACAUAUCUUAUCUUGCCUAGACAAUGCAAUGUUUGUUCAAAAGUAGCUUUUAUUGCACUCUUUGUUUUGAAGGAGUUGAAAUGUUCUGAACAUUGACACGCCAUCACCGAGGGACUUUAUACCACUCGUCUAAUUAUAACAUGAACAAUACAGUCUUUUUUCUUCAUACAAAUUACUUUUUGGACUUUAUUACUCAUAAUUCUCAGGUCCUUUUCCUGUGUUUUUUUUUUGUUUUGUUGCCCAAUUUAAAGUUUACCCAGUUUAGUUAGCAUUUAGCAUCCUUCACCAUGGAGCACGUACACACACGCCUUUACAGUAUUGUUUGGUAAGUGCCUUUUAUUGCAUCACCAUGUUCUCUCCCAAUGCUGUAAUGACUUAUUUAUUAAAUAAACUGCCAA